AUUCAUUCGGAACACACAACCAAGAAUGGACCUGCUGCGCUCAGUCGGACAGUGGGCACACAGGCCAUCACCGCAGCAGCCGGACGGCCAACAGACUGCUCAGCGCCAACGUACCGCAGUCCAGCGCCUCAAUGCACGGCGGAGACUGGCUCGCGAGCGAUUCCGCAACGCAGUCCGCAAAGUCAUUCUGAUGCGCAAAUUUGCCUCGCCACGAACAUUGCGACUCGAGAAUGCGCUCAUCACCAAUGCCGUGCACUACGAUGUCAACGGCCUGGGUGUUCACUUGGACCAGGACCCCGCCACGAUGGAGUUUGGCGUAUUCACUCAAAGAAAUAGCCAGCGCAUGUACAGACCAUUCCCGAUGGUCGCAUUUCACGCAGUGUCCAUGCGCGAUCUGGGAGUUUACGUUGGGUUUGCGCUGGGUUUGCUGCUCAUGCUCUUUCGGCCGUCCCUGUUUGUGCCGCUCGUGCGCGCCAUGCUGGAAUUCCUUCUCCAGACAAAGCUCACCGAUUUGUCGUCGGCCUUGAUGACGGAUGUUGUCGCCACGGAGGGCUGGAAGCGACUUGUCACCUCGACCAUCUCCUAUGCUGGAGGCAUUCUGCAGGCGGCAGCCAUCUUUUGCUUGGCGCUUGCCGCUUACAUUGGUGUCGGUUGGCUCCUGUGGCGCGUGAUCAAGGGCUUUCCACAAAAGCUGCACGAGAGCUACUUUUGGAAGGCCAACUGUCCCUACUGCCACUUUGACAUUCGCUUUCGCCUGCUCCUUCGCUUCCGAUGCAACCAUUGCGGCUGCAUGUCGCGGUUUGACGACAAGCUGCGGCUGUUGGUGCCCUUGGACGCGCUGCCGUUGCCAGCCUCCAAGCGUUCUGCAGCACUAUAAAAGUAAAACAUUGCUGCUGGUUUCGUUGUGCUGAAACAAUGAAGCGCUCUCAAGCAUCGAACAACCAAACAUUGACGAGCAAAAUAUCGAUUAAUUUUUAAGACCCAAUAAAGCAAUACAAGAGAAGCAA